CUCUUUUAUUCAUUCCAUGCACGAUGGUUCGCAUCUGGAAGUCCGAGUCCAAGUUUGACGCGUCGUUUGACGAGACGACGACCGCGUUCUGGGUCAAGUACAGCACUGGUCACCCGCUCACCAAGCACGUCAUGUGCUCGGACGUGGUCGACCGCCACAUUGACCCAGACACGGGCGUCCUGCACACGACGCGGAUACUCGUCAAGACAAACCCAAAGCCAAAGUGGGGUGAAAUGAUUUCCGCAGUCACAACCGCGUAUAUUGUCGAGCGGACAACCGUCGACCCAGUCACUCGCACAAUGACGACAUUCACACGCAACGUCAACCACAAGCGACUCAUGACCAUCGAGGAGCGCUGCGUCUACACUCAAGAUCCAUCCUGUCCAAACACAACUCACUGCAAGACCGAAGCGACAGUCACAUCGAACGUCUGGGGAUGGGCCGGCACCCUCGAAAAGUUUGGCGUAGAUCGAUUCAAAUCCAACGCCGUCAAGGCACAAAACGCGCUGUCAACAGUCAUCCAAAUCGUGCGCGACGAAAAGCAACUCUUCAAGCAAGCCGCCGCAGACAAGCGAGCUUCCUUUAAAGCCGCCGCUAGUGCAUUAUUCGAGUACCGACCUCAACCCAACAGCUCGUCCUGAGCAAAAAGUUGGUCUGCACAUAGAUCCGCUACGAAUGUGGCGGGAGGGCCUUCGCGUCAUGAAUUUCUUUUUUCUCAUCAUUUUAAACGAAAUAAAACCAAAUACCAGUCACUGUACAGCACA